AUGAAGCAUCGAGAGGUGUAUGAUUGGUUUGUCCGAAAAUGUAAUGUGUACCUCAAUAGCACAUACAUCACCAGGGCUCUAAAAGUAACUAGAAAAUUUGUGGAGGGUGAUGAGAUAGCACAGUGUGGGUUGGUGUGGGAUUAUGCAAACGAAUUACUUACUAGCAAUCCAGGAUCCAGAGUACAAGUUGGUGUCAUCCCUAUGCCUGAGAGUCCUCCUCUAUUUGAUCGGUUCUAUGUGUGUCUUGAUGCUUGCAAGCGGAUAUUACAUGAAGGACAAAUACUUACUGCUUGCGGACAAGAUGCUAACAAUCACAUCUUCGUGAUUGCUUAUGCGAUUGUCAGUGUGACAAACAAGGAUAAUUGGCAAUGGUUUCUAGAGCUCCUUCACAGUGAUCUUGGAGACUACAGAGAGAACAAAUGGUGCUUCAUCUCAGACAUACAGAAGGGUUUAAUCCCUGCCAUACAGGAAGUGUUUCCAAGAGUUCACCAUCGCUUCUGCGUGUGGCAUUUGUGGCGCAAUUUUUCCAAGAAGUGGGGUAGCUGUGAAUUAAAAGACCUUGUGUGGGAAUGUGCUCGGUCAAGGACAACAGCUGAAUUUGAUAGAAACAUGAAGAGAGUUAAGUUGAUCAACGAAAAAGCUUGGCAGCAUCUUGAUAAAUGGUCAAAAGAGGCAUGGACGAAGGCGCAUUUAAGUGAGGUUCCGAAAGUGGAUAAUAUAUGCAACAACGCCUGUGAGUCAUUCAAUGCAAAGAUCAAGCACGAAAGGAGUAAGCCUAUCCUGACCCUAGCUGAAGAAAUUAGAAGAAUCAUCAUGAAUAGUAUGGUUGAUAACAGGAAGAACUUGCAGAACUAUCAAGGAAUUUUUCCUCCUGUUCAGCAAAGUAGGUUGGAAGCAAUGACAGUGUUGUCCCGCCAUUGGGCUCCUCAGUGGUCUGGUGAUGAAAAGGAAGAAUUGUACGAAGUGCAUGGCUGGCCAACCAAUAUGGUGGUUGACUUGGAAGGUGCUGAACCUGAACUAAAUGCUGCCUCUACUGAUGCUGAUAAUGGUACAGAAGUAGAAGCACCUUUGUCUUCACUUCCAUCACCCAUCCAGUCUCCAUCAGAGAUUGACAUCAGCCAAUCCGAAAGCAUCCCACCAACCCAGGAUACCCAACAGGAUCAAUUGGUAGGUAGGCCACCUAAGUUACAAGUGAUUAAAAGAAAAGCAAGGUUAACGUCCUCCCCUAAGCCUACUGCAACUGGAUCUGUGGCUGUUUCUGCUGAGACCAUUAAGGGGACAAGUUCUGGAAUUACUAAGAGGCUAGCCAACUUCAUGAGUUUUGUGCCUACUCCAAGCUUCAAGGCUCCAAGGAAGAAUGAUGACAAAGUUUGA